UUGGAAUUGAGCGACCUAAUCACAAUACAGCAUGGAAGCCUCUAAAAUCACAUCGACCGGAUAACAUUGCCGCAGAAUCUCCUAUAUUUCCUAGUCUAAGAACAACAACUCAUCGAGUGCCUUCUACGUCAAUUGGAGGAGUAAAUGAAGAUAAUGGCCUCGGCGAGGUAGAGUACGAUAUUGAUAUCCGCAAAGACGAAGCUAAUUAACUACCAUUCGCGUAAAUACAAAGAGAGGGAUAAGAUAUGAAAAAAAAAACUGCUGGCUGAUGAGAUGAACUCGACAAGCAUACAAUAGAACUUAAUAGUUGUAGAACCAACCUUCCGUCAUAAAUCAAAAUUAAUACAUACUAAUAAGUUGUGUAGGUAAAUAUGUGUUAAAAAUACCGAAACAAAACAGGUUUGCCAUGUGAUAAUCUACGAUGCGCAUUAUUCAGAAAUCAAGCUCAGUUUUAUCCUCGUCGCCACGCACUAAACCGAUUGCGGAAAUAAACAGUGUACUUAGUGUUGUAUUAAAAUAAAAUUACAAAUAUGAUGAGAAGUUUGUUGUUUAUCGUGUUCAUGACAGUGAUGUGUAACGGAGAUCAUCCAACGCCAAUACUAGACGCUCUAAUUUUAGGAGCAUCAAAAAUACGCUCAAGGAUUAAAAAUGCAGGUUCAUUUAUUGAUAACAUUACUCAUAGACACAGUGGCGGCGGUGUAAACAUCCAGGGGAACUUUGAAAUUAAUAGAGAUCAGGAGUACUCGUACCACAUGAAUCCUCCAUCACCUGAGCCUGGACCUGGGCCUAAUGGAUAUGGACCCGGGCCUAACGGAUAUGGACCAAAUGGUUAUAGACCUGAACCUGGACCCAAUGGCUAUGGACCCGGACCUAACAGCUAUAGACCUGAGCCUAACGGAUAUGGACCCGGGCCAAAUGGAUAUGAACAUAGACCAAAUAAUGGUUAUGGCCCUGGACCAAAUGGCAAUCAACCUGGGCCUAAUGUAUAUGGACAAAGGCCCAAUGGCUAUGGACCUGGACCAAGUAAUGGUUAUGGACCCGACCCUAAUGGCCAUGGCAAUAACGGACCGAAUUACGGACAGAACGAGCAAAAUUACAAUAACGACAACAAUAAAAAUCCUGGUCAAUUCGACUAUGACUACAAUAAAAAAGAUGAACCGACUCAUGUACAUUUAAACCCAAAUGAAGUAUAUGGAGAUAAUAAAAACGAAAAUAAUUCUCCAAAAAGAGAAACCAAAAAUGAAGAAGUUGAUGACCAAGAAUAUGAUAUCGAUAUUAGAUUUAAAGAUGUCUAAUUAUGUCUAAUGUGUUUAGACCAUUGUAAUCAACACGAUCACAUUUAAUUACCUAUUUUAAUUAAACGAAAAAUUUAA